CCAAAUUUGAGCUUUAUAUGACCACUGUAGUAAAUGUCACAAGGAUCUACUCGCCUCAGUCCUUGUCCCGUCCAUUGCUGUUCUUGGAUGGCCAAUAUCCCAAUUAAAAGACCGGACAUUCCAGAUACCGAACCAUACAAAACCUUAUUCAGUGAAGCACGCUGGAACGAUCUUGUUUUAAAUUUUCGAAAUGAAAACUAUCGUUUAUUUCAACUAUCAACUCAGUCUUUACUCAGUGUUGCAAUACAAGCUGGAUUGUCAUCAUUAAAAACACCACAAUGUUAUUCUCCAAACUGUAAAAAUCCUCAUUGCCCUGUUUGUCAAGAAGAUUUCAAUAAAAUCGCUAGGAAUUUGCCAUAUUCACAUUGUGUUCAGAGUCGCCUAAUUUGCAGAGUCACUGGGCUACCUUUGAAUGAACAUAACUUACCAAUGAUGCUGCCAAAUGGCCAAAUAUUUGGGCAGUUGGCUGUACCCGAAAUAACUAGAGAGGACGGUGCUGUGGUUUGUCCUAUUACAAAUACAAAAUUCUCAAGCCCAAAAGUUGAAAAGGUUUUUGUAAUGUAAAAAAUUAAAAUCUUGAUAUAUAUUUAGCAUAUAAUGUAAUUAAUAAUAAAAGUAUAUUACGCGUGAAAAUAUGCCGCGAAAGGGA